GGAACCAGAUGCGGUGGCCCGGUUUCCAGCCGGUUGCGGAGAGAUGAGCACGUCCUUCCAGGGACUGGAGCAUGCGCGCCGAGGCGUGCGGGACGCGUGCGGGGUCUCUUCCGGGGUUAUUUCCCGGGCCGGGUGUGUCCCGGGUCUGGGCAGGCGCUGGUGUUGUGCGGGCGCCGGGCCGGGGAGGCCGAGGUCUUGGGUGGCUGCCGGCGCAGGCGCUGGACCGCAGCAGGAUGGUGAAGGCGAAGGUCCCCACCUCCAAGCGCGCCCCGAGCAGCCCUGUGGCUAAGCCGGGUCCUGUGAAGACGCUCUCUCGGAAGAAAAACAAGAAGAAAAAAGGAUUUUGGAAAAUCAAGGCGCAGGAGGGAAGCAAGAGGCCGGGAAGCGGCUCGGGGGUUGUGGUGCGACCUCCAAAGGCACCAGAAAACUUCUCUCAAAACUGGAAGGCGCUACAGGAGUGGCUGCUGAAACAAAAAUCUCAGGCCCCAGACAAGCCUCUUGUCAUCUCUCAGAUGAGUUCCAAAAAGAAGCCCAGAAUUAUCCAGCAAAACAAAAAAGAGACCUCGCCUCAGGUGAAUGGAGAGGAGAUGGUGGCAGGAAAAGACCCCGAGGCCAGCGGGGGCUCUGUCCCUUCAGGGUCCACGAUGGACAGGAAGGUGCUAGCACCUCACACCAAGGCCAGCGGAGCAGAGCACAGUAAGACAGGAACCAAGGAAAGGACAAAUGGCAACACUGGUCCAGAACGAGGGGACAUCAAGCAUAAGAAGCGGAAAGUUAAGGAGGCAGCCCCAGCCCCACCCACCGAGGAAGACAUCUGGUUUGACGACGUGGACCCGGUGGAUAUCGAAGCUGCCAUAGGUCCAGAGGCAGCCAAGAUAGCGAGGAAACGGCUGGGUCAGAGCAGCGGCAGUGGCAGCCUCAGCCUUGUGAAAGAGCAGGCCUUCGGCGGCCUGACGAGAGCCUUAGCCUUGGACGUUGAGAUGGUGGGCGUGGGCCCCAAGGGGGAGGAGAGCGUGGCCGCCCGUGUGUCCAUCGUGAACCAGUACGGGAAGUGCGUUUAUGACAAAUACGUCAAGCCGACCGAGCCCGUGACGGACUAUAGGACAGCGGUCAGUGGGAUUCGGCCUGAGAACCUCCAGCAGGGAGAAGAGCUUGAAGUUGUUCAGAAGGAAGUGGCAGAGAUGCUGAAGGGCAGAGUUCUAGUGGGGCACGCUCUACAUAAUGACCUAAAGGUACUGGGCUCUCUCCUGGGGACUCGGCCUGCACCCCCCUCAACCGUGUGUGUUACACUGUGUUACACUCAUGGCCUUGUGCUGUCUGUGUUGUGGAAGACCUCUCGGGUUCGGUACCGAUGCCGGGCGUUAAGGCACUGCAGAGAUCUCUCGGGUUCGAGUGGAAGGCCGUCUCUGAGACUACUUUCAGAGAAGAUCCUUGGGAUCCGGAUCCAGCAGGCGGAGCACUGUUCGAUUCAGGAUGCCCAGGCAGCAAUGAGACUGUACAUCAUGGUGAAGAAGGAGUGGGAGAGCAUGGCCCGAGACAGGCAUCCCCUGCUGACUGCUCCAGACCACUGCAGUGACAACGCCUAGCAGCCCUGCCCUCUGCUGCUUCCGCCCUCCUACAGAGGCAGUGUGACCAGUCACAGGGACGGAUCACAUCUCCCCAGAGUGGCAACUUCAGAAUCAUGGCAGAGGGGCGUGGUGUGGGUGCUGCUGAGAGCAUACUCCUCCCUCUUGACUUUGUGGUCUGAGACCUGGUCUUACUGUCCAUGUGUGUUUGGGGCCAGAUGGUGGAAGCCAGGAUGUGGGCAGCACGGACUGCUGUGGGCACACCUGGCCACCCUUUACUGACUGCUGACCCCAAGGGCAAGGCAGGGAUGGGACGUGUGGGCCGCCAGCCUGUAUUAUGCUGGCACCACGCAUCUUUGGUGACUCACCCCGGGUGCUCAGCACCUUCCUCUUGGGGAGCCACAUUUCCUCCUUUGUCUUAGGGGACGUAACGAGAUCUGCCAGACUUGAGGAACCCAGCGCAGGUGUCUGCAGUCAGCUCCUGAGAUACAGCUGGCCAGUAUAGCAGUUGUCACAUCAGGGGUGUCCUGUGGCCAUUUGAACUUUGAGCCUUUGUCUAAAUUGGCCCAGGUUUGGCUGGCAGGUCACCCAGCAGAGGUUUCUCCCCAUGGCACAAGGACAUGCGGCUCCAUCGCCUGGGCACGGUGACCAUGGUUGUUCUUGGAGGCCAGCAGAUACGCUGACUGUGGGCUGUUUCAGCUGGAGAAGCUAGGUGGUGCAGCCGGUGGCAUUCUUGGCUAGGCUGCAGUUAGAGGCUCCCCAGGAACUAGAGUCAGGAACAGCCAGUGGCACUGACAAGGAGAUGGAGUCCAAGGCAUUACUGGGGCACCUGACAGCAGGACAGAAAAGGCACAGACACGCCAUGGAUGUGAUUUAAAAUAAAUGCAGAUGUUUACUUUGAAUGGA